AUGGUGCACUUGAAGGAUGUUGAAGAUGAUAAAAGGAUGAUGGUAGUCCAAUUCCUUCUUCAAAACUCUAAGGAUGGCAAACCCAAGUAUGGAAAAAUGAAGGAGGCCGGCAUCAAAUUCAACUUGGGGAGGCGCACUGUCACUCGUUUCUGGGCUGAAGCAAAGAAACAAAAUAACAGAGGUCAGCUCAUCAAUUUAACAACCAAAGCAAGGUAUACACCAUGUUUCACAAAGCGUAUUCAGAUCGACAAAGAGCAAAUUCAGUCAUUGGAGUUGUGUAGAAGAGGUACAAUUAGGAAGCUAGCAUUUGGCAUCAAGUGUAGCAAGAGCACAGUGGGAAGGUGGGUGAAUCUAGGGCUAAUCAGAGCACAUACUAGUGCCAUUAAGCCUGAUCUAACUGUCUCUAACAAACUUCUCAGGUUAAGGUUUUCAUUGGAAGCCUUAGAAUAUGAUAGAAUUGCUAAUAUUCUGCGAUUUAAGACAAUGCACAACACAGUACACAUAGAUGGGAAAUGGUUCUACAUGACAAAAGCUUCUCAUCGAUUUUAUCUCACACAAGACGAGCCCGAACCGCACAGGAGCUGUAAAAGCAAGACACACAUUAAAAAGGUGAUGUUUAUGUCAGCGGUUUGCAGGCCCAUCAUCGAUGAAAAUGGUGUUGUGAUCUUUGAUGGGAAAAUAGGCAUUUUCCCAUUCAUAGAAGAAGUACCAGCCAAAAGAAACAGCAAGAACAGAAGUGCAGGGACUCUAGAGACAAAACCAUUGCAGUCCAUAACUAGAGUCGUGACAAAAGAAUGCUUCAUCAACCAGAUUGUAUCAGCUAUUAUGGUUAAAUGGCCAGAGGGUGCAUCAAAGUUGAUUUUCAUACAACAAGAUAACGCCAAGCCACACAUUAGUGACUCUGAUCCAGAGUUCAGGCAUGCUGCCUCUCAAAACGGCUUUGAUAUAAGAAUUGUUCACCAACCUCCCAACUCACCGGACACGAAUGUCAAUGACUUGGGGUGGUUUAGAGCAAUUCAAAGCAUUCAAGAGGAGAAUGUCUGCACAACUGUUGAUCAAUUAGUGAAUGCAGUAUGCAAUAGCUUCAUAGAACUCAGUCCAGUUGCAUUGAAUAAGGUUUUUCUAUCCCUACAGGGGUGCAUGAUAGAAACUAUGCGAAUGAAUGGACAUAAUGCCUACAAAGUGCCACAUAUGAGCAAAGAUGCUCUAAUUAGGCAAAAUGUUUUGCCAAUCACAUUGGAAGUUGACAAAGAACUUGUCAAUGAGUGUAUCAGCCACAUGAUAGAGGCAGGGGAAGAAGAAAGAAUGCAACAUCUCAUUCAAGAGUUGGGAUAUGGAUAUGAGGCUGACACUUAA